AUGGAUGGCGGCGGCGGCGGCGACAAGGUGCUGCGCCGCGAGCUGGAUGGCGCCAACCGCCUCGCAGAGUUCCGUCUGAAGAAAGUCAUGGAACUGAGGGGCGAGGUGCUGCGCUUGCGCCGUCUCCUCCUCAGCGUGCAGGGCGGCAGCGAGGCUAUGCAGCGGCGCGGUUCUACAAAAAGACGGGACGGAUCUCUCGCCACGGCCACAGCAGCCAGAGUGGCGGCGGCGCGACCUUUGUGCCGCAGCGAAGCGAUCUCCGUGUCACCUCCUCUGGCAUCUGCAGCAAUAGAAUCGGAGGAAACGGGAGCAAAGCAUCGGCGGCGGAUGUCGUCAUCGCCGCUGUCGUCAGUGCUUUCCACUGCCGCUGCCACGCAGGUGGCGUCGCCCGGGCCGCCUGUGUCGUCCGUGCCGUUGAGUGCAGUACGGGGGCUAAGCUGCGGCUUAUCGCCCGCCACCCGACAGCAGCAGCAGCAGCAACCCACCGCAACGAAGGGCGGAUCCCGGCGUCUGUCGUCGCUGUCGCUACGCACGCAGUCCGCCGCGGCACGACCGAAGCUGACAUCUCGCCCAUUUAUUAAACUUCACACCGGCGUUGAGCUCCGCGGCCCAAGGACAUUUACGCGCGCGCCCCCGCCGUUGUCCACGUCGCUUUGUGUGGUAGCGGCAGCGUCCAAAGCCACGCCGAUGUCUGUGGUUGCUCUGGAUGGAGCUUCUGCUGAAGUACUCACUCCGCCAAUGUCACCGUCACCGUCGUCACGGUUGUACUCUUCUCUUGCUAUUCGUCAAGAACGCGAAACUGUUCGGGAGGCCCUUGCUAUGCUGCGUGGAAUCAUGCUGCUUGCCGACCGCAACAUGCUUUCAACCCUCACAACGCUUAGCAACCGCCGCUGCAUUGAUCAUGCCCUUCCCACCGCGCUAGCAGAGUUUAAGCAGUGUUUGUUGCGUGUUCAUCCGUUGUUGGGCGGCAAGCUGCGUGAGGGUGAGGCGUGGCACAUUGAUGAGGAUGAGAGAGAUGCGUUAGAGGUGGUGGAGGCGCCUGGCAUGGCGGCCGCACUGCGGGACCUUGUUGUCACACACGACUACACAGCAUGCGUCUAUCAGCAGGUGCUUCAUCAGGAUGACGGCAUGAUAGGCAUGAGACUCGGAAAGGCAUUUCAUGAGGUCUACGCAAACGUGUAUGUGCUGCUCGCCCUGGCACAGUGCCCCGCCGCGCUCCGUUAA